AUGCAAGCCUACCUUCUGUUUUCCAUCAGCCUGUGUCUGGCUGUUGGGAGCUUGGCAGAACGACCUCAUCCAUGCAAAUCCCCACCUUUGGUCGAGGGCAGUAUGGCACUGACGAUCCUCAAGGAGAAAACUUUUGGUGUUGAGAAAUUCUCCUAUGAUGCUUUUGAAGAGAGGGUACACCUCCGACUUCUUCUGGACCAGGACAACCACACCACCUACAGAGACACCCUUCUUCUUUAUAAAGAGGGUAUAGCUUACCAAAUCUUCCGCCAUAACCAAACCUGUGAGAAGGUCCACUUUAAGGAUCCCUGGAAGCCAAUGGAGAUCCCCAGGGAUGCCAAGUUCCAAUCACAGGUGAUCAUUGGGAGCCUUUCCGCUCCUGCAGAAGGGCUGCUGGUCAACAACUGGUCAGGAACAGUGGCAGAGCCUCACGAUGAUUACCUCCUCACGUUCACUGAGUUCGGCUGCCUGCCCGUUCAUGCCUGGUGGUACAACAUUGAGCGUCAAACCCUUCUAAGUCUGAGUUUCUUUGACAUGGUGCUCGGAGUUGAGGACCCUGAAGUUUUCAACCCUCCUUCUUUCUGUGACAAAGCAGAGCCGGGCAACGAUGCAGCACUGACAAGUUUCUUUGAUGCCCUAAUUUGA